AUGGAGUAUCUGAGCCGUCUUUCUGGCUUGGUCUCCACCCCGGCCAAAGCGGCUGCUGGCAUCACGGCCUCGCCUCGUCUUCGCAAGAAGCCUUCCCUCCACCCUGUCGGCAGCGUCGAUGUCUUUCACGCCGACUGGCUCGCCGUCCAGGCCGAGCUCGAGAAUCCGGACGAACGAGCCCUCUUCUUUGGCGUAGCGCGAUCCGACCUCCCACGCCGUCUGCAGCGCAUCAUUGACGCCCUUGUCUUUGAAAGCAACCGCAGCAACGAUGGUCACACGGGCCCUUGUAUGGAGUAUCUGCUCAAGUACGAUAUUCUCACAGAGCUUGUUCAUCUCUCAGUAGAUGACCGACCCAAGGGCAUUCGCGGCGAGACUAUUCGUGCGCUUAAGGACCUCAUCAUUCUUCUCGACGAAAAGUUUCUUUCCAGGCGAGCCGCCAACAAGCCCAUCUCUCAACUCAUUCAGCUAUGUCUCGAUGAAGAUGCCGUAAGGUACCAGCUCGAUGAUGACUCGUUCGAUGCGAGCAACGCGCCUCCCGCUGCUGCGCAGGGUAAUGACUAUGAAGAGGACCUCGUCGAUCUCAUGUGUCACAUUGCCAGUCGCAUCCGCAACACGCCAGAUCUUCUUCAGAUUUUCUUCACAGACGAGCCUGUUGAUGAUGCCGACAGUCUACAGGUUGCGCGCAGCCUCAAGGACGGCUCCAUCAUUGUCAGUCGCAGUGUCUUUGACGAAUUGACCUCGGAUGAAGAUGAUACCGACAAGGGCGCCUCCGGUGCAGACUCGGUCGUUCAAAGACCAUCUUCGCCAGCUGGGUCCGUCGACUCCACCGCCACCAUUCAGCCAUCCACAUCCUUUGCAUCUCGCAAGCCAAUGAAGAGAAGGUUGAGAUUCCCGCUCUUCUCCUACCUGCUCAAAUUUGUCCACCGCGAGGGUCGCAUAGGUGAACUCGCUCGAGCUGGCAUGCUGUUCCUCAUCUCGCUUGAAGGCGGCCGUAGCUCUCCAAGUGGCAAGGCAGCUCAAUCCACAAAGCGUGUCUCGUUAGCAAAUCAAGACAUCCGUCGUUCGCUCGCCGUCUUUAUUGCCCAUUCGGACUUUGCAGAUGUCCUCGGAGCUGGGCUGGGUGCUGCCUACGGCCUGUUGCCAUCGCGAAUCCGACCUGUCCCUCGCUACGACCCCACCGAAAUUGACUCUACAACAUCUGCCUCAACUAAACCUGGUCGUGCUGCCAUCACGUUGGCGAGCAGCUCCGCCUCUGAAGCUGCAAACGACGCCUCUGAAGCGCUGGCGUCGGCCACGAGAAGCGAUGACACGGAGCUACAAGCACAGCUGCGCUUACUCGUCGACCUCAUUGAAUUUUGCCAAGAUGUAAUCGACUCGCUAUGGCUUGUUUCUAAGCACCUCACUGAAGCGGGUGGUGCUGCAGAAGAAAAGGCUGCCGAGGCGUCGCCGUCGUUGCCGGCCGAGGAUCCUCGUCUCGAUCCGAUGGUGCGCAAGCUCGCAGGUGCCAUCGCCAUCGCCUUCCGGGACACUUUUAUCCGAAACGUGGUCUACCCUUCACUGAUGGAGAGCAGCGACUUUGACGGCAGUUCUGCCGCCGUCCUCAACUACCUUGAUGUUCUCGUCAUCGUGCUGCGCAGCGAACACCUUUUAACAGACGUAGCCCUGGAUUUCCUGCUUCCCACCAACCUCGAAGAAAAUAGCGAAGAUGGACACGGAUACCAAAUUUACGUACCUGUCGACCACUCGGAUCGGUACAGCGUCAAAGAUCUUAUCUUGGACAGCCUGGAGGAUAAGAAGAGACCUGCUACGCGAGUGGCAGCGUUGAGGCUCGCCAGGAGUCUGAUCGUAUGUCACGGAUUCCGUGUGUGCGGCGGGCUGUUGCAAUUGCCGCCUCGCAAGUCCAUUGUAUCUGCGCCAAUUGACGACUGGCUGCCCAGGAGUCCUGCACUGGAGACAGAGCCGUUUAGCUCAACGUACGGCAAUAUCGCGACACACUUCCGCGAGAUCGAUGCGCUCUCUUCGCUGCUCACCUCGUUCGGUUCUACCAAGAGCAGCGAAGGCUUGCAAGCAUCCUUGAGCAGCUAUCUGCUUGACGCUGAACAGGCGUUGCGCCAAGACAGCACGUUCAGCGCGAUCCUCGAGCUCGGAGGAGGGCAGAUCCCGGUGGUUCCCAGCGAUCCGUUGGUACAACAGCUCUUUGCCGGUCUCAUUUCGUUCUUUUCUCAGCCUGUCGAGGUGAACCUGGCGGCGAGCGGUGUCUUUUCUGCGCUGGCUGCCUCACCAGCGAGGAGUUUGGAAGGUUGGCUGACGCAUGCGCGCGGGGGUGAAGCGGAGAGGGAGGAACCGGCACUGGUGCAGUUGCUCAAAGGGCUCGUCGAGCAGGUGGCAGCGUACCGUGACUGUGUGCCGGAAUUUGACAGGUACUUGGCGGAGAGAAGGAGAAGUCUGGUGCUCACGGACGACCUUUCUGCUGCUUUGGACGUAAUCGAGCCGAGUGACGUGCAAGACGCUGGAUCGGAAGAGUCCAAGUCGUUAAGGGCGUGUUUGACUCUUCCCCGUUUCUCCACGCACACUGGUCGGCUCCAAACGAACGAGAGGAUCAGGACGGCAGAGAGAGACUUCGGAAUCAUCGAGGACAAGCGAUCUUCUCUCCUCGCGCUCUCGCCUUCUGCUCUGACCGCAUCUCAGCCAGCACCUCACGCAGAACCACCCUCGUCGAUCGGUCGCAGCAGCGCUCUAGCCAGAUUCUUUGGUGGUGCCCGCCCCACUCGGACACCCUCGCAUCUAGGUAAAGCUGCAUCGUCGUAUUCUGGAGCCGAAGCAGCGUCAACGGAGACACGCUCCGGUGUAGGUGACAGAAAGGUAUCAGCGUCAACGAUCAAUCCGUACACAGAUCACUUUCGCGAGACCGCCGCUGUGGUCGUUAAGGCCCAAUUGGCAAGGGGAGUGGAAGCGUGGUGCCCGCCGCCGACGGCAAAUGGGCGAAACGAGGUGGGUAAGGCGACGCUGAGUAGUGUGCUUGAUAACACGAUCCUGCUGGAGGAGCUGAUCAAGGAGCUGUUGGCGCUGAUCCAGGUGAGGAGGAGUUGGGGCAUCGAUGGCAUUUCGUUUUUGUAG